AUGAGCUUUUAUUUAUUAAAGAUCUCAAUUUUUCUCUUCUUGGUAUUGGAAAUCAAUGGACAAUCAGCGACUGCAGCUCCGCCAGCUGUUGAUCCAACGGCUUCAACAUCACCCGUACUCCAGGCAACAACAAUCCCAUCAUGUUCACUAAAUGAGACCUUUCUUUUGUGUACAACUUGCGAGAAUCAAUGCAAUCUUGUGGAAAUGGAUUGCACAAACGUUUGUGGUCCAGCAAUGUGUCAAUGUCGAGACGGUUUCUAUCGAAAUUCGACCGGCAGCUGUGUUCAGGGACACGAUUGUGGACUUCAUAACAUCCAACAAAUCCAACGGGAAAUCCCAGCGACAUUACCCGGUGCGAAUCUGUGCAAAGAUGUGUGGUGUCCAGAUGGAUCGAGUUGUCUUCUCAUACCGCCACAAGAUUGUCAAGCGAAUUGCGGGGAUAAUGCUACAUGUACAACAGAAAACUGCAUACCGGAGGCAUCCUGUGUACAAGAUGUGCUGAUCGUCUACUAUGAACACUCGAAUAUGAGCUGUCCGGGAAAUGAAACGUGGAUGGAUUGCAGCUCGGAUUGUGAAAACACGUGUUUCGUUACUCAACAAAAUUGCUCGAAUAUUUGUGGUCUUCCAAAAUGUCAAUGUCAAGAUGGAUACUAUCGAAAUAUGACAGGCUACUGCGUUCAGGGACACGAUUGUAAUCAAGAUCUUUCCGUCACACAAUUGCCAAGCACGGAGAGCAUUGCGACCGGUUGUGAUUUCAUUGCGUGCACGAAUGGAACGAUUUGCAAGAUGACAGAAUCAAAAGCGGAAUGUGUUCUAAAUGUGACACAUACUUGUGCAAUGAAUGAGGGUUGGAAGGAUUGCGCGAGUCAAUGCGAACCGUCAUGUGAAACGCAUGAACCAGCUUGUGCUGCCAUCUGUGCCCCAUCAGCUUGUCAAUGUCUCGGUGGUUUCUUCCGUAAUGGAAAUGGAUCAUGUGUGGUGCUUGGGGAUUGCACUGCUGCAUAUCCAACGUGUGGAGCAAACGAAGUUGUGAAAGCGUGUGGGACGAGUUGUGAAGCAACAUGUGAGAAUCCAUUCCUUCAAUGCGAUGAAGACUGUGUUGACUAUGCGCAAACGUGUCAGUGUAGCUCAAAUUUUGUGCGAGAUCCUCUCGGUGAUUGUGUCUCCAUGCUCCAAUGCAAUGAAUCAUUGCCCACAAAUUGCUCUACAGUCACUUGUCCGCUCAACAAAGUGUGCAAUAUUGUGAAUGGAUUUGCGAGAUGUGUCGUAGAACCAAUCCCAGAAACUACCCUUGCUAGCACAACGACAGCAUACGAUCCAUUUGCUACAGUAAUCACGACAAUUGCGACAACAUUGAUGACUGAGCAUCAAACAUCACCGGUGACAGGAGAAGGAAUCACUGGAGAUCCUGGUUUCCCGACUGAAUCUACCACAAUCAACCCGUCGACCAAUUUCGCCACCGAACAAACCCUUGACACUGUGGGAACGUUUGGCACUGGGGCAACUGAUGCUUCGACAACGAUGGGCUCAACUGAAACCACAAUUGAUUUCACUGGGACAACCAUCACAGCAACGAUGGGCCCAACUGAAACCACAAUUGAUUUCACUGGGUUCACUGGGAUUUCAACCAUCGCAGGGACAGGAAAUACAACAAAAAACCCGAUCACCACUGGAAAUUCUACUGAAAAUGGUACCACGAAAUCACCGAAUCCUUGCGGGAAACAUGAACGUGAAACAAAAUGCAAAUUUUGUGAGGAAACUUGUCGAGGAGUUAAGGUGUGCACGGCGACUCCCACAGUUUGCACAAAGGGUUGCAUUUGUGCGUAUGGCUUUGUGCGAAAUUCGAAAAUGAAAUGCAUCAAAAGGACACAGUGCUCAAAAAAUCCGGGUUGUCAAGCAAAUGAAACAUGGAGUACAUGUUUAUCAAACGAGCAAAAGUGUGACAUUGUUGCGAACAACACGAUUCCAAUCAUCGGUCAGCAAUGUUUUGGAGGUUGUGGAUGUGUUGGAAACUUUUCGCGGAAUUCUGUUGGCGAAUGUGUCACUCCCGAGAGUUGUUCU